AUGCCGAUCAGCGACCAUCCCAUCGUCGACCUCUUCGACAAUGUCGAACGUGCCUCUCCCUCUACCCCUACAUCCGCUAUCGCCUCUGUCAAUGACGAUCCGGAAGAGGCUAUGAAGAAGGAGACGAAGAGCAUGCGCGAUUCUAUCAUCGACAUUCUCAGUGACUUCAAAUGGUUCUGUCUCGCUGUUGUCCGCCUUGGGUUUCCCGGUCUCGACGACUCUCAGAAUAUCCCGACUGUGGCUAUCAUUGUACUACCAGACUCCAAUGUAACUGUUGGAGAAGCUCUCGAUGUCGCUUGUAAGGUUGCUGAUUAUGUAUACCACAACAGGUUUGAGCAGCUCUACGAUGUCGCUGUCGAGGUCCUCAGUAUGGAUAUCUCCCCCCUCCACGACACGCGGGUCAGUGAAUUCAUGGCCGAUAUCAAGUACACCUUCGAGGAUGCGUUUGACGACAGUCCCUCAAUCGGCGUUAGCAUUGAGAACCCGUCAGGUAAUAGCGGCGUUGGAACUCUCGGCGGUUAUCUUCGAGUCAGUGGUCGCGCUAGCGCAAGCUCGAUCGACGUCCCAGAUUCCAAGAUCAAGUAUAUGGCGCUCACAUGUCACCACGUUCUCACCAAAAACGAGGCGCCGUAUGAAUUCACUACCUCUGGGCAAGACAUUGAGCCUUUUGUCAACUGCCCUAGUUUCGACGACUUUUGGUGCUGGCAACAAGAUCUUUCGCUGUCAGACAUGGAGAAAAACAAGGACUUACGCAGACUGAGAGAAAUGCGCUACAAGGGGUCGCGUAUGAAUGCCAGACAGCAAAACAUCUUGCGUUAUUACGAGGCCAAGUAUAUCAAGACUAAGCCAAUGAUUGAAAAGCUCGAGAAAUUCGACAUUGUUCUUGGCAAUGUUUAUUGCAGUUCCGGUGUCGGAGCUCAAGCUGGCUUAUGUAAUAGUGAUUUUGACGCUUUUGCGAAAAUCACCCACUACGACCGAUCUCUCGUACCGCCGUGGCGCAUCCAGUCUCUACAGGAGCUCAAGGAGAGUCUCAACCCUACAGCAAAUCGUCAGCCGAUCUGGAAGGAUGUCGUGUGUAAGGUUGGCAAGAGAACGGGUAGGACUUUCGGCGUUCUCAAUCAGAUCCAUCCUUCUAUGAACGUCAGAUCCUCUAGGAAUGGCGAGGAAAAGAGCCGGACAGGUAGGACUGUCCUUGUCCUUGUCCCAAAGGCCGCGUUGGAUGACACAAAGACCUUCGGUAGUCCUGGAGAUUCUGGUAGUCUCGUUUAUGACUACGAGGGUAAGAUCAUGGGCAUCUACUUUGGUGGACAGAGAUACGAGCCCUAUAAUCCUCCUAUUGAGGUGAGCUGUGUGGAUGGCUUGCACUUUGUAGCGCCUAUAGCACCUACCCUCGAGAGCAUCCAGGCGGUAGUGAAAACCGACCCCGCGUUCUCGGGGUACGACGUCGAGGUCGAAUUUCUCUGGGCAGAUGAGAACGGGUGGGAUGACAACGAGUGGGAUGAGAACGAGUAG